AUGCAUUCCCUCAAAUUGGCACACUUGGUGUUUGCUUUCUGGUUUAUAAAAGUUUUAAACUGCUCAGCAUACGAAGCACCCACAGCUCUAGUGGAGGUCUUUUAUCCCCAAGGAUUUCGAGUUUCCAUACCCCAUGAGAAUGGCAUAAGCCUUUUUGCCUUCCAUGGCAAACUAAAUGAGGAGAUGGAAGGCCUGGAAGCGGGAACCUGGGCCAGGGAUAUAGCCAAGCCCAAAGAGGGACGUUGGACUUUUACGGAUCGCAAUGCCAAAUUAAAAUUGGGAGAUACUUUGUACUACUGGACCUAUGUGAUAUAUAAAGGAUUGGGUUAUCGCGAAGAAGAUGGUGUGUUUGUGGUGCAGCAAUAUGUCAACACUACUCAACAUCAAGGAGGCGUUAAACCCAUGGAUGGAACUAAAUCACCCCCGCCAAUAGCCAGCAACACCAGUGGUGGAGGCAAUUUUUGUCUGAGUUCAGAAACUGUGGUAAAUGGAGCUCCUGUGCGUUGUGCCAAGCAGCUGGUGUUUGAGGAAAAUUUCAAUGGCCGCUCUUUGGAUGCCAAUAAGUGGUUUGUGGAACAUCGUAUACCUCAAGAACCCGACUAUGAAUUCUCCCUGUAUCUAAAUGAUGUGCCCGAAGUGCUGACUGUAACCAAUGGCCUGGCCACCAUGCGAGCCAAGUCCACAGAGAAACAUUUUGGUAGCAAUUUUAAAGGCAGUACCUUAAUGUUGGGAACCUCUUGCACAGGCAACCUGGACAGUGAAGAAUGUGCUUUUAGUCCUAAGAUUGUCAACAUACUGCCUCCCUUUGUAACGGCCAGAUUUUCUACGCGUGGCAAGUUCUCUUUUAAAUAUGGCCAUGUGACUAUAAGGGCUAAAAUGCCGGCGGCCAUGUGGGUAUAUCCUCAGCUAUGGUUGGAACCAUCCCAUCCCCGUUAUGGCAACAAAGAAUAUCGUUCGGGUCAAAUGCGCUUGGGUCAAACCCGCUCGGAGGGCGAACAUCAAACAUUGCUCUCCGGCCUGCUGCUCAACUCCAAAUGGCACUCGUUUAGAUUGUGUGCCAAUGCAAGUGCGCAAAAAUUAACUGAAGAAUUUCACAACUAUCAAAUGUUGUGGACUUCCAGGCAGAUAACCUUCUUGGUGGAUAACCAGGAAUAUUGUCACUUUGAAGUGCCCAAUGAGCAUACCGCUUUCCGUAAUCUACUCAAUGGCGAUAGGUAUUUACCAAAUCGUGAUAUUUUGCUGACGGGCACACGUUGGGCGCCAUUCGAUCAGGAGUUCUCUUUGAGUGUGGGCCUGGGCGUAGGAGGAUUUAAUGACUUUCCUGAUGACGACGAUUUAUGGACGGAGAAAAAGCCUUGGAUCAAUACAGAUCCCAGAGCCAAGUUGAAUUUCCGCAAUGCCUAUGAAAAUAAUGAGCAGUGGUUGAGUGAAACACAAUUCCAAGUGGAUUAUGUACGCGUCGUUUCGGUUUAGUUGUGGCAAAUGUGAUUUGAAGAUUUCUCCCAGGGUUAAGAGAAAAUGCCUAAACAGAUGGAGAAAACUUGAAUAUUGUCAAAGUGCAAUUGCGACACCUGAACCUUAAGGAGGGCUACUUGUAGCUGCAAGCCUUUGUCAUUCCCCUAUCGAAUC